AUCUACAACACAUUUACACGCGUUACAAGCGAAAAGGAGGGUCGCAGAUGAUUAGUUGAUCUGUGAAAACCAUGCUUUGCGCCCAUUCGCUGCUUUCUCUAACGUGGGCGGGACAUAAAUCGUUAACAACCAAUCACUCUACGGCUUUUAAAAGCCGUAAAUUAAGAAGUUGCUGAUUGGAUGUGGAUCCAAACAAGCUAAAGUUUGUUGAUUUGUAUGCGAUUUCCUGGAAUUAGGAUUUAGAUUUUAGCUUUACUUGGUUGAAAUAUUAGCUAGAUCAAAUUUCUUAAAGUCUACGAAUCCGAUGUUUUUUUUGUAAAUAUAUUAAUAUUUGCCAUUGCUGCCGCAAAUACUAUCUCAACAUUAACGUGUCCAACCGUUUCCAUAGCAACAUUUUCAGAGGAAAUAUGGAGUUCCUGAAUUGGGACACUGAAGAUGUUGCAAAUUGGGUUGAGUCUAUAGGAUUUUCGAAAUACAAAGAUUGUUUCACCGAGAAUUUCAUCACCGGAAAGAAGCUCAUUCAUGUCAACUGUAACAACUUGCCAAAACUUGGAGUCACAGAUUUCAGAGACAUCCUGGUCAUCUCCGCUUACGUACGCGAGCUGCUGGGGAUCACAGAGACCCCGUGGAACAACAGCAUCGCUGACCCCCGGCGGGACACCAUGGCCCUGUUCUUGGAAGUAAAGAGCCGCACGGGACGAUGGACCAACUCCCUCACCUACCAGCAGUUCCUGUACUACUUGGAAGACCCGGACGCCGAGCCGGAGGACGACGAGAACGAGAACGAGAACAAGAACGAGGACGAGGAUGACUUCGACGACGAGGAGAAUGAGAACGAGGAAAACCAACAAUAAAGAGGAAAAAAAAUAUAUAAAUAUAUAUAAACAACAGCAUCUCUGUGUCAUUUCAUAUCAGUGUCUCAUCUGAUGACACAGAUGAGACACUUGCAGUAGGUCAGAGACGGGCCCUGGCAUUAACACUUCCCAGCAGCAAAAUGCCACUGUUGUCAGUGCGGCCGAUAAACAAAAAGAGAAACCUUUCAAGUGUGCUUUCUGCUGGCUGUCUGCAUGUGUUUAAAAUCGCUUCAAACAGGAGCGAGCUGCUGGAAAUUUACUGACUAGUGGGUGAUCUCAUGAAAUGAGAGAAACAACAGAGACUGAUUGCAUCCCCACCCCACCCCCAGAUAUAUCCAUCAGAUUUUGCGACUGUAAAACAGCACAAAUCAACUGAUCAAAGAGGCUCCUGCCAGCCUGGUUGUGGAGAAAUCCCCAAACCACCUGUAAUUCUCAUUGAUCUUGGGCACACGUCAUGGAACUGGAUUAGUUAAUUGAUUCCUAGAGAUCCUUGGGGUAAUUUUCAGGACGAAGUCAACAAACAGUUGUUUCACAGGAAACCCCAUUAGUGGCGACUCGAUCGUUGUCCUCAGUAAACGUACUCUUGUAAAAGUAUUUAGACUCAUUAAAGGUUUGUCACAUUUUUGUCAGAGUGACUUUGACGUAUUGUGUUGGAGUUUUAUGGGAUCAAGCUCAAAGUGGAAAGAAAAUGACACAUGGUUUUCAAAAUCAUCUACAAAUAUUUUACUAAUUGGCUUCUUUUAAUCUGAUACCCCUAAAUUAAAUCUAUUUCAUUCUAAUUAUUACAACCUGUCUGUAAAAAAACCCUAAAAUUUCCCUCUUUUAGGCCACAUUUCCUCUAUAGUUUAUACAGGGCUUAAGGGCUGUAGCCCAGGGCGCCAAUUUUGAGGGGUGGCCAAAAAGAUCUUUCUUUUUUUUUUUUUAAAUGAAUGCAUGUUUUUCAAACAUUUUCGCUUUAUUUAACACUAAUAGGCCCACAUCAGGUACGGUCCAUUAAUAUUUUGUAAUUUUUAUGAACGUAAACAAUACUCAACUAUUUGAAAAAUGUGAAGUUGUGCUUCAUUUUUAUGUAACAGCAUGAAGCAGGGAAAGAAUCAAACAUGCAUCAAUUCAUAGCUGCUGAUGUGAAGGACUAACUAAGGAUAGGACAACAAAACUGGCUCCGGCCCAGGGACCCACAUCCUUCUAAAUCCAGCUCUGCACAACGCAAAGACAUUGAAAGUCAUGUUUGAUUAGCCAUUAAAAUUUCAACUAGGCCUGGACCAUAUUGGGGAAUUAUGGUAAACAUUGUGAUAAGUGCACACUUUCCUCCCUCCUCUCUCUCUCUCUCUGUCACUAUGCAUCCAGAACUCUGUGUGACUUUUGGCACCUUAGGAACUGUCACCCGUGUCAGGUGUGGACAUGGCUGCAACACUCUUUAUCAGCAAGCAGAAAAUGACACUGGCAAGAUGUGGGCUCAUAACACUUGAAACAUUUGACCCAGCAAAUUAUUGCUUGGUGAUAUUUAUGCUGUUGCAUUGCAAUUAUUAUUAUUAUUAUUUUUUCACAUUUUAACUUUGAGUCGCAGCUUUCCAUUGUUAAAAUGGAAGAUUUUUGUUACUUCAUCAGUAUAAAUUAUGUUGGGAGAUUAUUAGCCAUGGAACUCCAAAGUUCUGGUCUUUAUUAGAAGGAGUCAAGAAGAAAGCCAUUGUUGGAAGCAGCGAUUUUUAGAGACAUGGCAAAAAUGAAUGAAGCUUUCUGGAAGAACCCACACUGUCCUAGUAGUUUAGAUCUAAGCAUAUUCAAGAAAUAGGAUGUCCUACUCAAAGUCCAUAUUAAGAAUUGGAGCUAAGAAUUGAAAAUGACACACUUUAGCAAUCCACCUCAACUCAAUCUGGGCAAUUUGCAAAGGGAAAUGGAAAGAAAUGUUGGUUGAUGAGCAAAGGUGGAUACUUUUCCUGUGAAAAACUGAAGAGGGGGGGAAAAAAACGCUUCAAGUGCAGCUACCUUACUGUCAACUUAUGCACUUACAGGGCCAUACUUUGCCAACUUGCACAAAGGCUACGGGGUGGGUGCAUCAGAUAAUGAUGGAUUCGGUGCCAAGUAGACCCUCAGGGAGCCAGGCCUCUCUGUUAUAGUCAACUCAACACUUUCUGCUUCCCCUCCCCCCCAAAAAAAAAUCUAUUGAAUACAUAAGGGAAUGUUCAGCUUUACAGGCUGCUAUUUUUGGGUUUGUCCAUGAUUAGAAAGAAAGAAAGAAAAAGAAAGAAAGAAAGAAAGAAAAACACAGGCAAAGAUUUUAUGCAAAAGAAACUGAUGGAUUUUCAAUACAGCUCGACUCAUGUUUCAUCUCAUCUACGUGUGAAUCUGAUCGACAACCCAGGUUUCUUUUUAUAAACGCUCAUAGAUUAUAGGUCCGAUGCGUUUCUUUCUUUCUUUUUUUUUUUUUUAGUGCAGCAGUAGUUCGGUCUACAUGAAUAAAUUAUGAUGCCUGCCUGCGAGAUAGGCUGCGAGGUUCUACUGCUGCUGCAUCUGCCUGCUGCACACAAAUGGUCUCUGUGCGGCUCGGAGCGCACGAAUUACCAUUCCGGGCACAGCGCUGCUGCUGGUCAAGAAAUGGAGCCGGGUCGGUGGCAGACAGCGGUCCGGGGGCAAAGCGGGGACUACACCGCCUACAACGGCAGAAAGCUCUCUGUCAGUCUGGAUUAAGUCGCUCUGACUGAGCCCCUGCGUCGCGGACUGGG